AUGCUUGCCCUUCUAGAAAACCUCGUCGGUGCUUUUCUUACAGUAUGCACUUCGCCGAUUCUAUCCCUGGACGAAAAAAGCAAGCAGUCACUUGAACUUGACCAGAAGGUCAAGCUGUCAUCUCCCGAGGCUGAGCAGAAAAGGGAAACGCUCUCCGAUGGAUGGGGCGAUGGGGAGGAGAGCCGAACCCCAAGGAUUGGCAUGCUGAGCUUGACAGAGUGGGACUGGACAGAUGUGCCGCCUUCGGAGCUGAUACUGGAAAACCGUUAUUUCUUGAUGUUAGAGCGAUAG